ACACUCAGAACACAACCGAAUCCCCUCAACUGCCAUUGACAAAAUUCCAAAUUUCCUUCCAGCAUGGCUCAUCGAAUUAAGCUCCGCUGCGACGACUUCGACGUCAUUGGCGCCGUUCCACGUGACCUGUCCGUUAUCAAGAAUUUCCUGAAACGGGAUUGUGCCGUGAAGCGACUUAUUGACAUUGAGGAAGAUUUUCUGAGGCAAUGCCAAGAGCGGGGCGGAGAUCCGAUGAAGCCUGUCCAGGAUGCGAAGAGGAAAAGUGAUGUGCAACCACCGCCGGAUCCCUGUGCCAGCACCACGCCAGCGGGGGACAAGGGAAUGGACAUCUGUGAUCCUUGUCGUCGUUUGAAGACUUCUGUGGUGUUAGAAGAACUCACAAGACCAGCUAUCACCAAUCCAGUCUACAAACUUAGCCCACCGCCGUACUUCGAUGAGGAGACAGUCUUGGAUAGCUCGCAGCCCAUAAAGUUUCGAUUUCGCAGAAAGGCCAAUAGUUGUGACUAUGAGAAGAAAUCAAAUUUGCCGUGCACGCCUACGGAAAAUACUAACGUGAUGGUUUUAACAAACUGCGCCGAUGUCAUGGUCUGGCCCAGUCAAAAGGUGGCCCAAAUGAACCGUGUGCCAGUUACGCUUUUAUCUGGUCCUGGAGAUCUCACUGAAUACAUGCUGGAGGAGGAGACAAUCAUGUAGAGGUAACAACCUCUCUUAAAGACCCUCGGCACAAUCAUUCAUUGUGUUUCAACUCGAAAAUUUGGAAUUUUAUAUAAUGCACCGAACAUUACAUAGGAGCAGCGUUCUUACACAAAAUUACAUAUCAAUAUUGCAGCAAUCAAAUAAAAUAUAUUAUUUGGGAAGCCAGUGAAGGACUUUCCAAUCCUAUUUCCAAUGCUCCGAAAGAAUCGUUCUAUUUCUUAACUUGUAUGGCUUAUGUAUGCAUUUAUUUAGUUAUCAUUCUAUCGAAAGUGACCCCGAAGAAGUCAAUGAGCCCGAAUCUACAAAUCAA